CAUCGUUAUUAACGAUAGCCGUACCCCUAGUUAUUUUUUUUGCAGGACCAAUGCUCCGUCGUUAAACUUGUAAAAUUCUAACGGAAAGAAACGCAGAAUGAGCGGAACUAAGGAAAUGAAGGAAGAAGGAGAGUUUCAAGUUCAUGUCCUAUUUAUUGAGAAUUCUCGUCUGAACCCCAUUCCUGAGUUUCUGGUGAAUUGUAAACGCUAUAAAGAGGAACUAAAGCUGGACACAGAUUUGAAGGAAGCAGAAAAGGAAUAUCGGGUUCUUCUGCAGAAAGCAAAGAGGCCCGAGUACUCGAAAACUAGACCUUAUUACGAACGAAAUCUUUUUGACAUCGAGAGAAGAAGUCAGGCACCAACACUCUACGAUGUUUUAAAUAUUGUCUCCAAAAGAUGUCCUUAUACCAAGUGGAAAAAAGCCAUGUCGGAAUUUAUUGGUUUGACACCUAUCCAGCCAAGUAUGCAGGUUUUAACUGCCGAUGAAGGUCAGGUGUUCAUUCCAGUUACAUUCACGACAAAACGUGAAGAGGAAUCAUAAAAACCGAACGUGAAUAAAUGUGACAAAGAAAAAGUUGAUAAAAGAGAAGAAUGGAAGAAUAUUGUGCCUCCAGCUGUUAUAAUUGUACAUUAUAUAAAAUUAAUGUACACUGUCGUUUGUAUGUCCUCACUGUUUUUUCUAUAAUUGUACGUUUGUACAUGUAAUCCCUUGCUGUUAUUGUAUAACUGUAUAGGUUUGUAUGCCCCCGCUGUUAUUGUAUAACUGUAGGUUUGUAUGCCCUUGCUGUUUAUUGUGUAACUGUAUAUAAUUAUACGUUUGUAUGCCCUCGCUGAUAGCUGUGCCUGCUCUCUGCUGUAGGUUAGUGUUACGUACGUCAUGUAACAGUGCCCUAACACACAGCAACAGUUCACUGACUCCGACAUCCUAAUACCUCCCCGUUAUCUCGCUUACAAAUCGACUGUUUGACAUAAUAAAUUUACUGUUAUCUAUGCAGUACCAUGAGUAUACUGCUAUCUACCAGUAAAACGCUGACUCUCUAGUGAAUGACAUUAAAGGUGUCCUAAUUAUAACUUUUUGAGCAUAUUAAGCAGGGAACGUAUGCCCCCGUAAAAAAAAAAUCGGAAGUAUAUUUAGAUUUCGUCCGGGCCUCCCGUCCUUCUGUCCACCUGUAUGUCUUGCUGUUUAUCUGUUUGUUUGGUUUUUUUUUGUCCGUCCGCAAAAUCUUAAACUUAGCCAAUAACUUUUGAGUGGGUGGGGCUAUGGAUUUCAUAGGUGUACCCCUUGUGACAAGACCUUCCUUUGGGUAACACAUUUGACCUCUUGGCAUUGACCUUCGAGUUUGACCCAUUUUUUACAAAAAAUACCAUACUUUAGCCUUGUCCAUAAAUUUUGAAUAGGGCUUUCACAUGUGUAUUCCUUUUUCGUUUUGUACCACCACAUUUUACCUUUUGACCUUGUCCUUAGAGUUUGACCUACUUUUAUAAAAUUUAAACCUUGCCUAAAACCAACAAUUUGACCUUUACCAUGGAGUCUGAACUGCAUAUGAGAAACUUCAACCCUCAUCGUAAGUUGCUAUACGGGGGCAUCUGUGUUUCACAAACACAUCUUGUUUUUCAUGUGCUUUGUCCAUACGCCUAAACAUUGUUUUAGAUAUAUUAAGAAAAACAGGUUUAAGUAAAAUUAUAGUACAUCUGUUUACAAUUUAAUGAUUUUAUUUCCGGUCUGAAUUGAUGGGUUGUUUCUUUUUUAUAAUUUGCGCUGUAUCUGCGACAUCUGGGAACCUUAAGUCAUUAAAACUACUUUAAGUCAGUUCAAGGAACUGAAUUAAAAACAUCAGAAAAUAUACUCCUUUAUAGCAUCUAUCAAUUUUCUCUACGAGCCGUGACAUUAAUAUCUAUAUGUUCUCUGAAAUAAGAGACUGUUAUAAAAUCAAGUACAGAUAUUCCUGUGUUGAUAAUCUCGGCCACAACUAUUCUAAUUAGCACGUAUUAAUCAAUUUUCGCUUUAUUGACAUUUCCAUUAAAAAGGAAAGGAAGAAGAAGGAGGAUAUAAGGACAGCCAUGGAAUACCACCACCCACACGUAUUUAUCUUAUUUCGCCUCCUUUGUUAUUUUUCGAGGUCCUCCCGUAGCUUCUCCCGUGGAAACGUGUAUCAAUGACAGGAAAUUACAUUCUUCGUAUACCAAUUUUAAUUGUAUGUACAGGUACCUACAUGUAACGCUUAGUUAAUCCAGAAGAAUGUAAUUAAAAUUCCAUAUUGUUUACUAUAGCUUAUAUCAGUACCACUCUAAAAAACAAUUAUUGCUGUUUUUGAGGUCAUUAUACUAUAUAUUUAGUGACUGGGUUCGAGGGCAACAUACGUUUUUGUCAGACCCA